AUGUGGAAUAGCCAGGACAUCAGGUUGCUGCGUGGCGGGCUUGCUCAGGCAGUCUAUCGCCGUUUUUUCCAGUGUAGUGCCUGGCUGCUCUAUGGCAUCGCACGGGGAUGUCAUUUUUUCAAGCUGCGCUACAAUAAACAACAUAAGCGAAUGGAGGAGAUGCAGUAUCAUCGUAUCAUCUCCAAGUUAGUUGUGACGGUUAAGUGUUUGGUUUUUCUUCGCGAUGCGGUGGAUUAUAUGGUACUUGGGUUCGUCGUUUGGAUACAUUUAUUUAAAGUGGAAGACAGCGGGGGACAGAACUUUUUGAUCGGCAUAGUCAUGCAAGGCCUAACCAUGUAUGUACUGCGUCGUGUAACGAUCUUUUUACAUUCGCAGGAAGAUCGCAAAUUGAUAAUGCAUGUGGUCAACGAGAUCUUCUUCAUAACACGCACCAUUGAGAGCAAGUUUGGUAUGAUUUAUCACUGUGAGCUGUGCCUGUUGUGUGUUUACUUUUUCAAGCAGUAUUUGUUGUACGUUAUGCUGGACUCUAUGUGGCACAAGCCCUACUUUCUCUGGAUAAACUUUUUCUAUUGGGUACUAAUGGAGUAUUGUAGCCUUGGCUAUUUCAUCUAUCAGUUGAUUUUGCUCAAUUGGUAUCGCAACUUUAGCUUCUUCUUGCAACGCUUCAUCGAAUAUCAUGGGAGUCAAAGUUUUAUAUCUGGUCGUUACCAUCGCCGUCUGUUGUGUCUUUUCAAAAUACAUUUACGUAUCAACAAUUUGCAUCAACAUAUCAAAAAGAAGGUCGCCUGGCUGCCCUCGGCCAUCUACUUAGCAAUUUUUACGAGCAUUUUUAACAUGACGUUGAUGAUUGAGUGCAUAGUCUAUGCUGCGGAUGAAAUUGAGAACAAAGUGUAUAUCAUGUCGGAUGGCUGCCUAGGCCCGGCUGUAAUACCAAUGCUCAACGUAUUUAUUAUUGGCUUGUGCACUGAUCGAUUACGCAGCGAAGAGCUGACUCUACAGCAACAGAUUGUACUCAUAAAUAUUUUAUAUGUCCGUAAGGCCUUCCCACACGAUCAUACACUCAAGGUGCUCAACAACGAGCACACUUCUUUGAUUGUGCAUCAAAAAUUGGAGCCGUUGCUUAAUGUGAUCAUUUUGGAUACCACCUGUGAUCGUGAAUUUGCCUUUGACUACUUCUUGACAGUGAUUGUAACUGCGCUGUCCUUUGUACAAUACACAGUUUCAACAGGUCGCAUUCUUGAUGAGUGUGUGACCCACAAGUAGGCGAUUCUCAU